AUGGCUGCCACCGAACAACCCUACGACCCCUAUAUCCCUUCCGGCUCCGCUGGAGCCUCCGCUGCUACCGGUCAGAAUGGCAACCAGCGAACCGCCGCUUUGCAAGCACAAAUCGAUGAUACCGUCGGUGUGAUGCGCGAAAACAUCAACAAGGUCUCCCAACGUGGUGAGAACUUGGAUUCUCUCCAGGACAAGACCGACAACCUCGCCGUCUCGGCCCAGGGCUUCCGCCGAGGCGCCAAUCGCGUGCGCAAAGACAUGUGGUGGAAGGACAUGAAGAUGCGCGUGUGUCUCGUCAUCUGCGUGAUUCUUCUUCUCAUUGUCAUUAUUGUGCCGUCCGUUGUUGUCACCAAGGGCCACUAAGCACUUCAACUGCGCGCGACACUUACGACUUCUCUUUGGACAUGGGAUCUUGAAUUUUACUGGGCUUACUGUUGUUGGGGCCGUGUGGCCUUUUCCGUUUUCUUCGCAGCCGCUAAUACCUCCUGCUGUUUUUUUCUGGGCGUGUUUUCAAUGACCAAAUCCUCUUGACUUUUCCAUGCAACGAAACGAGAUCAUCCGAUUUUGGGUUGUGUCGCUACAUGCGACCGGUCGACGGGUGAAGAUGUAAAUGAUACUUCCAUGACGCCGUGUUUAAGUAUGCUUAUCACAUUGCCAUUCGGGUGCUUUCUCACUGCAAUGAAUCUCCCUUAUUGUGCU